UUGGUCAUUCAACUUUUCGUUUCUACGCAUAGAUGUCCAAAGCAAGCAGCAGCAUAUUAUAUAUGGAUCACCAAAAUAGCUUGAAAAAUGUUGCUCAACAAGGCGACAUAAACAAGUUUUACAAUUUAAUCCAAGAGAAUACUUAUUUGUUAGAUGAUAUAGAUGCUUUACCAUUUGUUGAUACUCCUCUGCAUGUAGCAGCUUCUCAUGGAAAAGUUCAAUUUGCAAUGGAGAUUAUUAGUUUGAAGCCAUCAUUUGUUAGAAAACUUAAUCACGAUGGUUUCAGUCCCAUCCACCUCGCUUUGUUCAACCGCCAAACCGACAUGGUUCUUCGACUUCUUGACUAUGAAACUGAUCUUGUUCGUCUUCGAGGAAGGGAAGGUAAAACCAUUUUCCAUUAUGUAGCUGAAAAUGGUGUAGAUCAUGCUCAUCAAGAAGAGAAACUCAGCCUCCUGGCUAAAUUUUUAUUAGCUUGUCCAUUGAGCAUCCGAGAUGUCACAAAUCGAAGAGAGACAGCUUUGCAUAUUGCUGUGAAGAAUCGAAAUUUUCAUGCCCUUUGUUUGUUACUAGGAGGAUUGCAGAGAUCUUUAAUUUUAAACUCCCAUGAAAUAAGAAAUCUUAUAAAUUUCAAGGAUGGGGAAGGGAACAGUGUACUACACAUUGCAACAGCUACCAAUCAACCCCAGGUAGUGAAGCUGUUACUGAAGAAUAAAAUUGAUGUAAAUGCCAAGAAUUCAAAUUGUUUAACAGCUCUAGAUAUGUUACAUCCACACAACAGAGAAGUCAGGGAAAGCCUGCUCCAUGUUGGAGCUUUAAGUUCUAAAUCACUUCCACAAGUUGCCGAAUAUGAUGACAAUUUGAGAUCCAACAUCACAUUCAAAGAACAUGUCUCAAUAUUUUGUAGGAGUUUUAGAAAGGAUACAAUUAGCAGCAAUCUGUUACUAAUGCUGGUUGCAGUGAUACUGAUUACAGCAGCUACUAGUUACCAGAUUGCAGUAAGCAGUUUGGGAGGAACUUGGCAUGACAACAACAAUGUGCAUCUGAGAUACGGCUUCUUCAUUUACAAUAUGGCUAACUUUCUAAAGCUUUAUCUUAUGAUUUUGUUGAUUUUUCUUCUAGUCCUGGUCUGAACAUGAGAAUGUUGCUCCGAUGGACACUAGAUGUUUGCGUAAUCUAUCCAUGAAUUUGUGAACUUGAUUAGCAUAUUAGAAAUGUUAUUUGUUUAAUAAUAGAGUACUACUCAAGAUGAAGACCAAGAAACUCAAUUAGGCUUACAGUGCUGGAUUUGAAAGCUUGGUUUGAUUCAUUUCACUGGUCUGAAUCUAUGUCCUGCUCCUUCUCCAUGGUUUUGAUAUGAUAGUGUUUAAUUUUGCAGCUGGUUUCUCCCCUGGAUGAUAAUUUAUAAUUUACAAUAAGCAAUUUGAAUAUAUUCAGUUGUUUUAGCUUAGCUUCUAUUAGGGAAUUGAAGCAAAAACCUCAAGUGCUUAUAGCUGAAGAGUAUGUACGUUGGGGUGCAGAUCAUUUCAGCUGGAUGUGUACUCUGCCCUCUGUAUGUCAUUGCGACUUGGAAUUAUUUGUGUUUUUCUAGGAAAACAGUUUUUUUUUUUUUUUUUUUUGGUUAGCCAAUAUCAUGCAAGGUCAUCUAUUUAUUUGUUUGUAAACAUCGUGUUACGAGAUUACUAUGUAAUGAAUGGUUUAUUUUAAUAAUAUUUUCUUACAUUAAUUAAA